AUGGUAGAUGCUGUGGAGCCGGACAAUGAAAUUUCAUCAGACUGCAACCACCUCUUGUGGAACUAUAAGCUGAACCUGACCGCAGAUCCAAAAUUUGAAACAGUGGCUAGAGAAGUUUGCAAAUCUACCAUAGCAGAGAUCAAAGAAUGUGCCGAUGAGCCCAUGGGAAAAGGCUACCUGGUCUCCUGCUUGGUGGAUCACAGGGGAAACAUCACCGAAUACCAGUGUCACCAAUACAUCACCAAAAUGACAGCUGUUAUCUUCAGCGAUUAUCGCCUGAUCUGUGGCUUUAUGGAUGACUGCAGGAAUGAUAUUAACCUCUUCAAGUGUGGCAGUGUACGGCCUGGUGAAAAGGAUGCCCACUCUCAGGGAGAGGUGGUGGCUUGCCUAGAGAAAGGCUUAGUGAAAGAGGCAGAAGAGAAGGAACCCCGGAUGAGAGUGUCUAAAGAGUGUAAGAAGGCAAUCCUACGUGUGGCUGAGCUCUCCUCGGAUGACUUUCAUUUAGACCGACACCUCUACUUCGCCUGCCGGGAUGACCGGGAACGUUUCUGUGAAAACUGUCGUGAUGCGUUGACCACCCGGCAGAAACUGAUUGCACAAGAUUACAAGGUCAGCUAUUCCUUAGCCAAGUCUUGCAAAAGUGACCUGAAGAAGUACCGCUGUAAUGUAGAGAACCUUCCUCGUUCCCGAGAGGCGCGUCUUUCCUACCUACUGAUGUGUUUAGAAUCUGCUGUGCAUAGAGGUCGGCAGGUGAGCAGUGAAUGCCAGGGAGAGAUGCUGGAUUACCGGCGCAUGCUGAUGGAGGACUUCUCGCUGAGCCCAGAGAUUAUCCUGGGUUGCCGCACCGAGAUCGAGCACUACUGCUCAGGGCUGCAUCGGAAAGGGCGCACCCUCCACUGCCUGAUGAAAGUCGUGCGCGGAGAGAAGGGCAGCUUAGGAGUCAGCUGCCAGCAGUCGCUUCAAACACUGAUCCAAGAAACUGACCCUGGCGCUGAUUACCGCAUCGACAGAGCUUUGAACGAAGCCUGCGAAUCCGUGAUCCAGACCGCGUGCAAACAUAUCCGGGCUGGGGACCCCAUGAUUCUGUCUUGCCUGAUGGAGCACUUGUACACAGAGAAGAUGGUGGAGGAUUGUGAGCACAGACUCCUGGAGCUCCAGUACUUUAUCUCGCGGGAUUGGAAAUUGGAUCCCGUCCUCUACCGCAAGUGCCAAGGAGAUGCCUCUCGGCUUUGCCACACCCGUGGCUGGAACGAGACGAGCGAGAUGAUUCCUCCUGGGGCCGUCUUCUCCUGCCUGUACAGGCAUGCCUACCGCACAGAGGAACAGGGCAGGAGGCUGUCCCGAGAAUGCAGAGCAGAAGUACAGCGAAUCCUGCACCAGCGUGCCUUGGCUGUGAAACUGGAUCCGGCCCUCCAGGACAAGUGCAUGACCGAUCUGGGGAAGUGGUGCAGCGAGAAAACGGAGACGGGACAGGAACUUGAGUGUCUUCAAGAUCACCUGGAUGAUUUGACUGUCGAUUGCAGAGAUAUUGUUGGAAACCUUACCGAGUUGGAAUCUGAGGAUAUCCAGAUAGAAGCCUUGCUGAUGCGAGCCUGCGAGCCAAUCAUCCAGACAUUUUGCCAUGAAGUGGCAGACAACCAGAUCGACUCAGGCGACCUCAUGGAGUGCCUCAUUCAGAACAAACACCAGAAGGAGAUGAACGAGAAAUGUGCUGUUGGCGUCACACACUUUCAGCUGGUUCAGAUGAAGGAUUUCAGAUUCUCGUACAAAUUUAAAAUGGCCUGCAAGGAGGACGUGUUGAAGCUGUGUCCGAACAUCAAGAAAAAGGUGGACGUGGUCAUCUGCCUGAGCACCACCGUGCGCAAUGACACACUGCAGGACGCAAAGGAGCACCGGGUCUCCGUCAAGUGCCGCAAACAGCUUCGUGUGGAGGAGCUGGAGAUGACAGAGGAUAUUCGUUUGGAACCAGACCUUUAUGAGGCGUGCAAAACGGACAUCAAAAACUACUGCCAGAACGUUCCGUAUGGCAAUGCUCAGAUUAUUGAGUGUUUAAAGGAAAACAAGAAGCAGCUGAGCACCCACUGCCAUCAGAAGGUCUUCAAACUCCAAGAGACAGAAAUGAUGGAUCCAGAAUUAGAUUACACCCUCAUGCGUGUCUGCAAGCAGAUGAUUAAGAGGUUUUGCCCAGAAGCGGAUGCCAAAAACAUGUUGCAGUGUUUGAAGCAGAACAAGAACAGUGAGGUGAUGGACCCGAAAUGUAAACAAAUGAUCACCAAGCGCCAGAUUACACAAAACACAGACUACCGCCUGAAUCCGGUGCUGAGGAAGGCAUGCAAAGCAGACAUUCCCAAAUUCUGCAAGAGCAUCCUGAGCAAGGCCAAAGACGACUCCGAGCUGGAAGGAGAGGUCAUCUCCUGUCUGAAGCUGAAAUAUGCUGACCUGCGUCUGUCUCCAGACUGUGAAGAUCAGAUUCGAGUAAUUAUUGAAGAAUCCGCUCUUGAUUACCGGUUAGAUCCUCAGCUACAGAUGCACUGCUCAGACGAGAUUUCUAGUUUGUGCGCAGAAGAAGCGGCAGCCCAGGAGCAGACCGGGCAAGUGGAAGAGUGCCUGAAAGUGAACCUGCUAAAAAUCAAGACGGACAUGUGCAAGAAGGAGGUGCUGAACAUGCUGAAAGAGAGUAAAGCGGAUAUCUUUGUGGAUCCUGUCCUCCACACGGCCUGUGCCCUGGACAUCAAGCACCACUGUGCAGCCAUCCCUCCAGGAAGAGGGCGGCAAAUGUCCUGCCUGAUGGAAGCCCUGGAGGACAAGCGUGUGCGGUUACAACCGGAGUGCAAGAAGCGCCUUAACGACAGGAUUGAAAUGUGGAGUUACGCUGCCAAGGUGGCCCCAGCAGAAGGCCUUUCCGAUCUCGCUGCACAAGUCAUGACUUCUCCGUCCAAGAACUACAUCCUGACUAUGAUGAGCGUGAGCAUCUGUGUCCUCUUCCUCAUUGGCCUGAUGUGUGGGCGCAUCACGAAGCGAGUGACACGAGAGCUGAAGGACAGGUAGAGCCUGCCUGGCUAGUGACAUGGAGGAAAGAGGAAGGAAGGCCUGCCCACCAUUGCCCAGUUUGUACAGCCCUCCUCUGUAUAGUCUCCCCACCCACCUCACUCCUCUCCGGAGAGGACCAGCCAACUAGAGCAGCAGCAGCAGCAGCAGCAGCGCCACCGCCACCACCACCACCUGUCAGCUCACCUUUCCACCUCGUCCAUGGCAUCUCCACUCCCAGAAAGAGUUGGCACGUGCAGAGUCUUGGCGGCCCAGCCAGCAGCUUCGUUACCCCAUCGUUAGCGACUGUUGUUUGCCUGCCUGUAGACCAGUUUUUCUCUCUCUCUCUCUUUCUCUCUCCUCUCUUUUUCUUGUAUGGUUGGAACUGCCUUCACUCUCCAAACCAGACUGAUGACCUGCAGCUCAAGAAGGUUUUUAAAGUCAAUUUUUAAGGAUUUAUUCCAGGCAUAAUGUUGGGCAGUGGGCGUUGGUGGAGAAAUGUUUGCGUUCCGUGGGUUGGUAGGAGGAACUGAGGGGAAGGGACCUCAGCCACCGCUCACAGCUGGCCUUGCUUUGGACUUUCGGUUCAUCCUUAUACAAGCCUCUUCAGCUUAUAGUCAGCCAGCAAAAGUUGCCUCCAGAAAACCAUCCUCUCUACUGAGCUCCUGCUCUCAUCCUGUGUGUGUGCGUGCGUGUGUGUGAGUGAGUGGGCGAGUUUUCUUUUAUGGCCUGUUCUUCUGUUUCUGCCAAAAGGCAAUGCCUUUCGUAUUUUCCCCUCACCUUUGAGAUUAAUAAAACACUGACCAGAA